UGCUUUCACUUUGUUUGUGGUAACAAUUGAUGCACUGGACUUGGACCCUGUUGGACAGACCAACGGCAAGGGUGAAGGGUGAUUCAUUACCGCUACGUGGCCUGAUUCUUUCCCAGGUCCAUUUUUCUAAAACAACAAAGCUGUAAUGACUAACCACCGUGCCACCCAUCCCCCGCCUGCUCAUCCUCUCUGUAAAUCAUCUCGGCGAAACACAUGUCCUGCUGUAAUUGGCGUUUCGGGGUGGAUUUUUAUUCCCGCUGCUAAAUCGAAAACAUCGGGACCUGAAUGUCCGGCCUGCAGAUCGUGGCUUUCUUGGGGGCCCUGGGCGGGCUGGGAGCCACCAUAGCCGCCACCGUGUCCAAUGAGUGGAGGGCCACCAGUCGCGCCUCGUCGGUCAUCACGGCCACCUGGGUCCUGCAGGGCCUGUGGAACAACUGCGCCGGGAACGCCAUCGGAGCGCUGCACUGCCGCCCGCAUCACACCAUCUUUGCCCUCGAAGGCUACAUCCAAGCGUGUCGAGGAUUGAUGAUCGCAGCCGUCUGCCUGGGAUUCUUCGGGACGGUCUUCGCUCUGGUCGGCAUGAAAUGCACCAAAAUCGGGGGGACGGACGGCAGCAAGGCCAAGAUCGCCUGCUUUGCUGGGGCGAACUUCAUUCUGAGUGGCCUCUGCUCCGUCUCGGCCUGCUCUCUGUAUGCACACCGGAUAACGUCAGAGUUUUUCGACCCGCUGUUCGUGGCACAGAAGUAUGAGCUGGGAGCAGCGCUCUUCAUCGGCUGGGCCGGCUCGGUCCUCUGCAUCCUCGGAGGAACUCUGCUCUGCUUCUCCAUCCCGUGCUCCUCGAGGAAGGCCCGCAGUCCCGGGGCCUACAGAGGUGCCGCCUCACAUUCUCACGUCUCCUCGUACCAGAGAGGUCAGUCCAGGUCGAUGGGCCAGAGGCCUCCUCCGGACUACACCAACGCCUCCAGGGUUCAGCACUUCGAUAAGAACGCUUACGUAUAA